UCGGGGUUCCUCCGGCUGUGCAGCUGCUGUCCCGCGGUCUUCACCAUGGAGCUGCUGGCGCGGGUCUGUCCCGCGCGGCCGCUGCUGCUGCUGCUACUGCUCGUGGGCCUGAGCACAGGAGCCGUCUUGAACUGUCUCAGGGAGGGCAAGGAAGAAUGGGAUUAUGUGACUAUCCGCAAGGACGCCCACAUGUUCUGGUGGCUCUAUUAUGCCACCAACUCCAACAAGACCUUCUCCGAACUGCCCCUGGUCAUGUGGCUUCAGGGUGGUCCCGGUGGUUCCAGCACUGGAUUUGGAAACUUUGAGGAAAUUGGGCCCCUCGACAGUAACCUCAAACCACGAACAACUACCUGGCUCCAGUCUGCCAAUCUUCUGUUUGUGGACAACCCGGUGGGCACGGGGUUCAGCUAUGUGAACAAGAGUAACGCUUAUGCCAAAGACCUUGCCAUGGUGGCGUCAGACAUGCUGGUUCUCCUGAAGAGCUUCUUUGACAGCCACAAGGAAUUCCAGAGGAUUCCAUUCUACAUUUUCUCAGAGUCUUAUGGAGGAAAAAUGGCUGCUGCCAUUGGCCUGGAACUUCAUAAGGCCAUUCAGAAAGGGACCAUCUGCUGUAACUUCGCUGGAGUCGCUUUGGGUGACUCCUGGAUCUCGCCGAUUGAUUCGGUGCUCUCCUGGGGCCCUUACCUCUACAGCAUGUCCCUUCUAGAUGACCAAGGUCUGAAGGAGGUGUCCAGGGUGGCAGAGCAGGUCCUGCGCGCCUUGAAUAAGGGGCAGUACACGGAGGCCACGCAGCUGUGGGGGAAGGCGGAGAUGGUCAUCGAGGAGAACACGGACGGCGUGAACUUCUACAACAUCUUAACCAAAGACACGCCCACAUCUGCCAUGAAGUCGAGCCUGGAGUUCACCCAGAGCCAUCUAGUUCAACUCAGCCAGCGGCACCUGCGACACCUGCACCGGGAUGCCCUAAGCCAGCUCAUGAACGGCCCCAUCAGGAAGAAGCUCAGGAUCAUCCCCGAGGACUGCACCUGGGGAGGCCAGGCCACCUCCGUCUUUGAGAACAUGCAAGGGGACUUCAUGAAGUCUGCAAUCAGCGUUGUGGACGAGCUGCUGGAAGCUGGGGUCAACGUGACGGUGUACAAUGGCCAGCUGGACCUCAUAGUGGACACGAUGGGUCAGGAGGCCUGGAUACGGAAGCUCAGUUGGCCAGAGCUGCCCAAGUUCCAUCAGCUGAGGUGGAAGCCGCUGUAUGCUGACCCCAAGUCUCCAGAGACAUCAGCGUUUGUCAAGUCCUACAAGAACCUGACCUUCUACUGGAUCCUCAGAGCUGGGCACAUGGUUCCGUCUGACCAGGGGGACAUGGCUCUGAAGAUGAUGAGGCAGGUGACGCAGCAAGAAUAGGCUGGCCGUGCUGGAGGCGAGCUCCCCGAAGCUGGAGGAGGGCCCCGCUGCUGCCCCAGGUCCGACUGUGACGGCUGAAGGCUCCUCCAGCCUCCCUGAGAACAGACGCGUGGCCUCGGCAAGCUGGGGAUCUCCUCUGUUUCUCAGACACCUCAGAGUGGCUUAGGGGAUUUGUUCUCAUGAUCAUGAAGGAUAGAACUAAACUAGAUUUUUUUUUUUUUUAAAUUUUUGGACCGUACCUGGCUGUGCUCGGGGCUUAUUCCUGGCACUGAUGACUUGUUCCUGGUUCUGAUCACUCCUGGCAGAGCUCAGGGGAUCAUAUGGGGAACCAGGCGUUGAACUUGGUCACCCAUGUACAAGAGAAGCGCCAUACCUGCCGUGCUAUUGCUGUUACCUGAUUUUUUUCAAUUAAAAAAAAAAUACCAAAAAGAAGAAAAGCAAAUUAUUUAAUAGAAAAAAGGGAGACAAUCAAGAAAGAUCUCUGCUCUCCAUUCCUAUUAUCUACGCAGUAUAUAUUCUUUGUUUGUUUCCUCUAGAUGCAGCUCUGCCCUUUCUGCAAUAUGGAUAUAAGCCCAUUGUAAUUUGACAAUAUCUUAGAUCAAAAAUGAAUUUGAUACACCUCACCUACUGAACGUCAUAGCUUAGCUAGCCUCCAUUUGGGUUAGCUAAGGAUCCAGUGCAAAGCCUGCUUGAUAAUGACGUAUUGAUUACUUGCUAUAAUGUAUUAAUGGUGUAUUGACAGUGAAAGCGAAGGCUGGCUGAGUUCUCAGCACUGACAGCUCAGUGGGAAACCCUCCGGGCCUGCGGCUGUGACUGGCGCUGAGCUGAUAUCCGUGCAGGUGAUGUGACGCCAGGGUCCUCGGUCUGUCCUCAGCAGCAUAGAGGCACCUGGCGGGGUGUCCAUUGUUAACUCCCAACACGGUUGCCUGGGAACUCCAGCUCAGCACCACCCAGCGUCCAGCAAGAGACCAGCACACCGUGGGGUAUGGUCAAGAUUCUAAAUGGUUCAUAGAUGCACGUGGCUGCCCCAUCACAGAAUCAAGAUAACACAUGUCAGGCCACCAUACAUCUGUGAGUCUGUGAAUACAUAGAGUGAAUCAGCACUGUUAUUUUACUGUCCUAUUGAUUCACAUACUAGUUUGUCUGAAGCACCUUCUUAUGUCAGUAAUAUUCUUCUGUAAAGCCAAAGGGAUAGAAUAAUAGCGCUUUGCAUGCAGAAGGCUCAAGUCUGAUCCCCAUUACCACCUGGUCACGUGAGCACUGCCAAGAGCAACCCCCCAACCAUCAAACCUGGAAUAGCCCCAGAGCGCCUCUGGGGGUGACCCCAAAAUGAACUCAAUAAAUACUCUUCAGUAAUA